GCAGUCGGCCAUGCAUAAAAAGUAUCUUUUAAUAAAUAAAUAACAAAAACAACAACUAGCAAACUUGUCAUGACAUAUUGAAAUGCAUUGAAAACACCUAUAUAGUUGCAGAAAUGAAAUUUGAAGUUCCAAUAUAUGCCGACCAAUAAACAAGAAAAGCACCAUGACUACACAAUUGGUUUCUCUGAUAUGUGUUUUGUUAAUGUGGCAAAUUGGGGUAACGGCACAAGCACCGCAAUCUCCUCCUAUGGCAAAUCCUGGUUGUCCAGCAAAAUGUGGAAACAUCACCAUACCAUUUCCUUUUGGCAUUGGAGCAGGUUGUUCAUUCAGCAACUGGUUCGACAUCGAUUGCAACAACAACCACAAGCCUUUCUUAAGGAGCAGUGGCCUGGAAGUUCUCAGUAUUUCAGCGCAAGAAAGCAGCAUGCGUGUAAAUCAUCCAAUAUUUUCCACUUGCCAAGUUAACACCACUACUUUCGCAAGUGUAGAAUUGGGAGACCCUUUCGCGUUCAACACCACUGUUAAUAGAUUCACCGGAGUGGGUUGCAACAACUUAAUUUCCAUGUCGUCGUACUGGGAUGAAUCUAUUGUUGCAGGUUGCGUGUCAAUGUGCGAAAAUUAUGAAUAUCCGCUGAGUACUUCUAGUUGUUUAGGCGUCAACUGCUGCCAGACCGGAAUCCCUCAAUUACUCAAGGCGUUUAAUGUUACUUUGUCUACAAUGAGCAACAACUCUAAGCGAGGUGCUUGCAGAUAUGCUUUUCUGGUAGACCAGCAAUCGAUUGACUCCUCCACAUCUAAUAUUUUGGAAAUAGUUCAUAACAUGACACACGUUCCAGUGGUUCUAGAUUGGGGGAUAACUUCGAAUUUUCCGCCAGGAAUAAACGAAACGAUUCCAAGUUAUAAUAAUUCAAACGCCAAAUGCACCAACACUCUCAGCAAACAAAUUCCUACUUUAACGCUCGUUCAAUGUCGCUGCAAUGACGGCUAUCAGGGAAAUCCCUAUCUUCACGAAGGAUGUCAAGGUAAACUAGUUCUCUCUCGCUCAAGCUGAUAGGAGUGAAUUUUUAAUAUUCAAGAAUAA